CAGCCGGUGACAGAGAGAGGUAGCUACCUAGACUGACAAUGGGGGAGCAAGGCAGGUCAAGCAGCAACAAGAUCAGAGACAUUGUGAGGCUGCAACAGCUUCUCAAGAAGUGGAAGAGGCUUGCACUUUCACCAAAGGCUGGCAAGAGCAGCGGCCAUGGCGUCCCGAAGGGGUUCUUCGCGGUGUGCGUCGGCGAGGAGAUGAAGAGGUUUGUGAUCCCUACAGAGUACCUGGGACACUGGGCGUUUGAGGAGCUUCUGAAGGAGGCAGAGGAAGAGUUUGGGUUCCGGCAUGAGGGGGCUCUGAGGAUCCCCUGUGAUGUGGAGGUCUUUGAGGGCAUCCUGAGGCUGGUGGGCAGGAAGGAGGAGGCAGUGUGCUACUGUUCUUCAGAGCAGGAGAUCUUGUGCAGAUGAUGGGUUUCUCUUCUUUUUCUCAUCUUGUCCAACUGGUUCUUGGUCCGAUAUCGCGAAGAGGAGAGGGGGGAGAAUCCGAAAAUUGAUGGGAUUUGUAAUUUCUACAGGAGGACGAAACGAGGGAUUCACAUUCUUUGCGAGUGAAAUUUAAAAAUGAAGGAUUCACACCAAGGAGAUUGGGUAGAUGUCUCCUUUGUUAUGAAUUCUUUUUCCUAUCGUGUUCUUUGUACUUAACUUUCAUCUUAAUUGUUCAGAAGUUGAACAAUGUUC